GCGAUCCUGAAGAAGUUUCACAGCAAACAUCCAGUAGUCCAAAGGGAAAGCCAGAGCCAUCGAUGGUCCUAUCUCACAGGACAGCAGCUCGAUGCCCAGUACAGCGUCUCUCGAACUCAAGAUCAGUCAGCUCACCAAGGAGCUCGCCUCCAAGAACGAAUUGAUCGAAAAACAUCAAAACACCCUCUCUCAAUUCCAACAAGCUAUCACUUGUCAAAUAUGCUUAGAUCUCAUGCACAAACCCUAUGCUCUAGCACCGUGCGGUCAUCUUGCUUGCUAUGACUGUCUGGUACAAUGGUUCAAAGCGCCACCAGCCGAUGGACGUGGGCCUGCUCCUCCAGCCCAGUUACGCAAGAAAAUAUGCCCCCACUGUCGUACAGUCGUUAAAGAACGACCAGUGGAAGUAUGGGAUGUCAAAAACAUGGCCAGCGGACUCAGUAAAAGUGGCCUUGUAUCCUUACCAGAGCCUAUUGUUCGACCCACGAACAAUAACGCUGGUGGAAGCUCGCAAUCCGCCUCCGACCCCUGGGCCGGUAUAUUCCGCAAAUCGUCAGGCAUAGAUCUCGACUUUUUCCACCCAAUGAUGCGCUUUGGGUUUGGGCGCGAAAUGGAUGACCCGCCGCCGCCUGGGCAAGUAGCAGAUCUUGGUAUGCUAGACGUAGAAGACGGCGGAAUAUACCGCUGUCUGGACUGCAUGCACGAGAUUUGGGAUGGUGUGUGCUCGUCUUGCGGGCGUGUAUAUCCUGGUCAUCACCCCGAGAGUGACGAAGAUGACGAUGAUGGCUGGAAUGAACGAGUAGACGAGAUUGAUGACAUGGGUGAGUUCGUAGAAGGCGCUGGCUACGACUUGGCCGGGGCUGGGUGGGGCUGGGAUGAAGAGGACGAGGACGAUGUUGAUGUUGACGAUGAUGAAGACGUCGAGGAGGAUGACGUCCCGUGGUGGUUUAUGCAAAGGCAUCAAGGCCGAGGACCUAUACAGCACGAAUUCGAGGAAGCCGACAUUGAUGGCGAAGAGGACGAAGACAACGAGGAGAAUGGAUACGAAAGCAGUUUUAUCGACGAUGAGGAUGGUGGGACACAUCCGGGUAUCCUCACCCUUGCUGUGACGGCGAAUGGAGAUGUUUAUGAAUUUCCUAACCGUCAGCCUGCUCAAGAAGCGAGAAUUGUUGAGAUUCCUACGGACAGUGAAGAUGAAUCUGUUGAGGAAGACGCGCUACGGCAGCAGGCUCGUGCUCUCGGACGGGGAGUACGGUCUCGCCAUUCGGCCAUCGUGAUCUCUUCUGGUAGUGAGGCCGAAGAAGACAACGAUGACGGUGGUGGCGUUGCCUCAAGUCCGAGUGUGCAACCGAUUGGUGGCGGAGUACGAAGCAGACGAGUCGUCAUGUCUGAAGGCGAAGAUGAUUCCCAGAGCGAAGUAGACCCGGACCUCGCUGGUCGUGUGGCAGCUCGAGAACGGGAAUUGUAUGGAGAUGACGGUUCAUUGGCUCGGCCGCCAGCACACCUCUCACGCUCCUCCCGCAUCAUUGAAAGCCCAACUCAGUCGGAUAGUGAUAGCGUGGCAGAACUGUACGCCGAUGAAGAGCGGCCAUGGAGAGAAUAUUCUGACGAUGACGGUAGGGGGGAGGACGACUCAGAUCACGAAGGGGUAGCUCUAUGGACUGCGUAUGAUGGCGGGGAAGACUACGAUGACGGUUAUCUCUCUUAGCAAGUAAUGAAUCGGGGACAUGUGUUGUAGCAUACAUUGAACUCAAAUAAUCAGAUUAGAUU